AUGGCGCCUCCCAAGAACACCACCACCUCCUCGGGCCCCGGUCCUUCGACGACCGCCCCUGUUCGACAUCCCACUGCUGAUGCUCUUUAUGCCUGGUGCUGUUCCAAAUACGCAUAUGGCUACGUCUUCUCCCAAGCCGAACUGUUGGGUGCCGGCGUCAUCCCCAACCAAGAUCUCCAAAUCCUUCUAUCCUCCGUCGAAUACCUCACCAAAAAUGCGCUCUUCAAAGUGCACGAUAGGGCGGGCGGUGGCAUAGGCUGGGAGUUGGUAGACCCAGAAACAGCAAGAGACUAUUCCAACCUCAGUCGCAAUGAGCAAAUCGUCUUGCAGGUCAUCGACGGCGCAAAGACCUCGGGAAUGUGGACAAAACAGAUCCAGUCCAAGACCGCUCUCCACACUAACAUUGUGGAGAAGGUCUUCAGGGUUCUGGAGGGAAGAGGGCUGAUCAAGCAGAUGAAAAGUGUCACCCAUCCGCAGCGGAAGAUGUACAUCCUGGCCAGCUUGACUCCUUCCGAGGAUGCAACCGGCGGCUCUUGGUUCUCCGAAGGUCGUCUUGAUAUCGGUCUGAUAGAAACCAUCUCCACCGUCAUCGAGCAUUAUGUUUCUACUAAAAGCUGGCAAGAAAUCAAGCCUGAUGAUGUGGAAGAAGGCCCAGGCCAGAAACGCAAGCGUCCUGGUAGCAGCUUUGAAGAGCACGGAGAUGACAGGGCCAAACUGGCCAAGACUGGCGAGGGACAGAACAAUAAAGCCAGGACUUCCAAGCACCAAAUUUCCUCUCAGAAAUCCUACAAACCCUUUGGCCCUGGCUACAAGGCCUAUCCCACCCUUGAAGACAUAACUCGGCAUAUCAUCAACAUCAAAGUCACGGGCUCCAUUCUUCCCCAAAACGCCGUCGCACAACUCCUGCAGGUAAUGGUCUACGAUGAUCGCCUCUUCAAACUCCAUCGUCCCCCCGUUGGCAACGAACUCCCUGACGACCACGUCAACAACACCGUCACCAUGUACCGCUGCUUUAAAACCCCUCAGGACCUAAUAGAAGAGCAUCAGCUUUACAAGCGGAAAGUAAGCGAUCACGACUACGUGAGGAAAGCCGCGUAUCGACAGGAAGAGUUGGAGAGAUUGGGAGUGGGAGGGUCGAGCGAAGUGCCUUGUUUGAGAUGUCCUUCGUUUGACAUCUGCGGCGAUGGUGGACCGGUGAAUGUGGCUACCUGCAAGUAUUUUGAUGAGUGGUAUGAUAAACUUGAAGAAGCGGAUAGGGAGGAGGAAGAGAAAGAGAAGGCGAAAGAGAAGGUCAAGGAUCGAGAUAAGGGGCCAAUGGACAAGGGCAAGGCGAAAGGCAAGGAACACGCGACGGUCAACGGCGAUCGAGGGCCGCGUGUUGACAUUGAGCUGGAGCUGGAGCCUUCGUAG